GGCGGCGACGAGCGGCGGCGCGGCCCCGCUGGACGGCGCGUCCCUCCGCGGCGCAGGAAAGCAGCUCCCGGCCGGCGCCUCGGGCGUGAAGGCUCCCCGGGGCUGGGGAGGGGGCGGCCGGAGCCGGGGCGCGCUCAGCUGCCGGGCACUGGCCCCGCCGGCAGGGGGAAGAUGCAGCAGUAGCCGCUGGGGACGGAGGACCUGCCACCGCUGAGCGGGACCCACCUGCGCGACGGCGGAGCCCCCGCAGCCCCCGGCCCGGCCCGCAGGCAGCCCCGGCCCGGCGCCCGCUCCUCCCCACCGGGCACGGCCCGGGGCCGGGCGCUCGGCGGAGCCGGUGUGGCUCGCCUCGGCGCGACGGGGGCGAGAUGAGCAUGGUAAAGAGCCUAGAGCGGCUGGAGCAGCGGCUGGCUGUGAUGGUGGCUGCCCAGGAGACUUCUCCGGCCUGGUCUUCACUGGGAGAGGAGGGGCCGGCGACCAUGAAAAAGGACAAGAGCCACGACCAGGAUGAAGCGGACUGCCGGGCAGAGUUGAUCCUCAUCAACGGGGACUGCAGCGAUCCCGCUAACGACGCACCCACCCUGGGGCUGGAGGCAAAUGGGAAGCCCAGUGUUCCAGAUGCCGGGGGCCUGGGGCUGCCGCCCCUGAGGAGCAGCAAGCGGGUGAGCAAGGGAGACCUCUCCAAGGAGGAGCUGGCCUGGCCGCUCGCGCUGGCGGAGGCGCGGGAGGUGCGGCCCCGCGGCAGCGCCGGGUGGGAGAGCAGCCUCAGGCAGAAGCCCCCCGUCCGCCUCAUCUUCCAGGCAGGGCAGACCCGCCACGAGAUGAAGAUCAAGGAGAUGAACAGCGUGGAGACUCUCAGGGACCUGCCGACUCCCCUGCGGAGCUCCAGGCGGCGCCUGGCUGCGUCCCUCCCCGUCACCACCAUCGACCUGACGGAGGAGGACUCCCGGGACUCGUCCCAGAGCAGCAGCACGCUCUCCGGCAGCAGCUCCCAGGAGGGGCAGAACGGCUCCGCCGAGCUGGGGGCCGAGGAGCCGGAGAGCAGAGAGGCGGCGACAGCCCUGGAGUACCAGGAUGGGAAGGAGUUUGGAAUUGGGGAGCUCGUCUGGGGAAAGAUCAAAGGUUUUUCCUGGUGGCCUGCGAUCGUCGUCUCCUACAGAGCCACGGCCAAGCGCCAGGCUGUCUCGGGGAUGCGGUGGGUGCAGUGGUUUGGAGACGGGAAGUUCUCCGAGGUUUCUGCAGACAAGCUGGUGGGACUGAUGGCCUUUAGGCAGCAUUUCAAUUCUUCCACGUUUAAUAAGCUGGUCUCCUACCGACGAGCCAUAUACCAUGCCCUGGAGGUUGCCCGGAGCCGGUCGGGGAAGACGUUCGCAGCCACCCCCGGGGAGUCCCUGGAGGAGCAGCUGAAGCCCAUGGUCGACUGGGCGCUCACCGGCUUCAAACCCUUGGGCCUGAAGGGGCUGCGGCCACCCAAAGCCUCAGAGAACGGGGCCCUGAGGAACGGGACGGAGGAGGUGCUGUCCCUCGAGCAGUGUCCCCCCACCAAGAGGCUGAAGACCAACCUCUGCAACAACAGCAAGGAGCAGCGAGUGGAAGAGGACCAGACCCGAGUGCAAAUGGUUUCCGACGUCACGAACAACAGUGGGAGUCUCGAAGACAGCUGUUUGUCCUGCGGGAGGAGAAACCCGGCCACCUUCCACCCGCUGUUCGAGGGGGGCCUCUGCCAGACGUGCAGGGAUAGAUUCCUGGAGCUCUUCUACAUGUACGACGAAGACGGCUACCAGUCCUACUGCACCGUCUGCUGCGAAGGCAAGGAGCUGCUGCUCUGCAGCAACGCCGGCUGCUGCAGGUGCUUCUGCGUGGAGUGUCUGGAGGUGCUGGUGGGGCGAGGGACGUCGGCCAAGGCGAAAGAGCAGGAGCCCUGGAACUGCUACAUGUGCCAGCCCCAGAGGAGCUACGGGGUGCUGCAGCGCCGGCAGGACUGGAACACCCGCCUGCAGGACUUCUUCACCAGUGACAAGGGACAGGAAUAUGCUGCACCCAAAAUCUACCCAACAGUCCCACCAGCAAACAGGAGGCCUAUUCGAGUGCUCUCUUUAUUUGAUGGCAUAGCAACAGGACAUGCAAGAGUGACCACAUCAAGCUUCUGUGCUGACGAAGGAGACUGGGAGACAACAGAGAGCAGUGCAGCCUCAGAGCUCUGUCCCUUGGCAGGGUACCUGGUGCUGAAGGACUUGGGCAUCCAAGUGGAGAAGUACAUCGCCUCGGAGAUCUGCGAAGACCCCAUUGCUGUGGGCACCAUGCGGCACGAGGGCAACAUCACCUACGUGCACGACGUCAGGAACAUAACCAAGAGAAACAUCGAGGAGUGGGGUCCCUUUGACCUGGUGAUCGGUGGAAGCCCCUGUAACGACCUCUCCCUCAUCAGUCCGGCCAGGAAGGGGCUGUAUGAAGGAACCGGGAGGAUGUUCUUUGAAUUUUACCACCUGCUCAACUAUGCCCGUCCCAAGGCAGGAGAGGAGCGUCCCUUCUUCUGGAUGUUUGAGAACGUGGUGGCCAUGAGGGUCAACGACAAGAGGGACAUUUCCCGGUUUCUGGAGUGUAACCCAGUUAUGAUCGAUGCCAUCAAGAUAUCAGCUGCCCACCAAGCACGCUAUUUCUGGGGCAACCUCCCAGGGAUGAACAGGAUCUUUGGCUUCCCCCUCCACUGCACAGACGUCUCCAACAUCGGGCGCGGCGCUCGCCAGAAUCUGCUGGGGAGGUCGUGGAGCAUCCCUGUCAUCCAGCACCUCUUUUCCCCACUCAAGGAUUACUUUGCCUGUGAAUAGCAAGCCGAGCGUCCCUCGUCUCUCCGGUAAAGAUGCACAGCUCCGCUGCCGUGGCGGGAGAGGGACGGGCACGGCCGCCGGACUCUGCCACGGCACCAUCCCUCCCCGGCCACGUGCUGCGGGAAGGCAGCCUGGCCCCGCAGGGAGAGCUGAGGAAAUGUCUUUAACCAAAGAACCUGGCAGGGUAACUUUUCUUUAAAGGGACUAAUGGCAGUGAUACGUAGAAAAUGAUGGACAAAAGAGCUUUAAUUACCCAGCGCAGGAAGCUCUAUGCAUAACUGAUGAGACGGGAAGUCUCUUCCAGAGCAUUAACUAUUCCGUUUUAGCCUAGAGCUGGAAAGUCACAACUUGCUGAGCAGUAAGUGUGGAGGCAGCUGCCGGGAUGCUGCAGGCAAACUUGAACUAUAGUGAAUUACUGCUUUUCCUAAACAAACAAAACCUCUCUUGAAGCAACUGCCAAAAAUCCCCAAACUAUAGCAGCAGGUGUAAGGGACCCUGGUCAGGUUACAUACACUGAACAUGCAGGAUACAGAAACCAAAUCUUUUUUAUUUUUAAGACUUUUUUGAUAAACUUUAAUUUUGUUGUUUAACGUCUAUUGCUGCUUUAAGGCAUUACAUAAGAAUGUGGAGAUUCCUAGACCUGAAUGUAGCUGAAACUGAACUGUGAGGUGAUAGUUACUUUUCUAGUUAGAACUAAAGAAAUGUUGUUUUAUAUGUUUGGCUGUAGUUUACAAAUAUUCACUACUUCCUUUUUUAAAGCAUCUAAAACUUUUCCUUACAUUUUAAAAUCCUGCUGAGUGGUUUGAAAGCUUACACAGUAAUCAGAGCAGGGAGGAUUUGGGCUCCAGUGUCCAUAAAGGAAAAUGUUCUCUCAGCAUUCAUUUCCCAAAUGAAUGUGGUGCAGCGGCAGGAAGGAUAGAUAGCGUAGUGGCCAAUGUCAUCUUCAAAAUACAGCCCCCAACUGUCACGUACGAUGUCACGAACCCGAGUAGUAUUGGCAGUGUGUUGGCUGUGGGGCAGGGACAAUCCCACCCACCCCCGGCCGCGCCGGGGCAGGCCCUGGGGGUCGAUCCCCCUCUCCUUCCCUGCCUGCCCGUCUCCCCGUGCGUGACUGUACGGAGCUGGGAUGCUGCUGGUGCUUGUUCUGUGCCCGGCCCCAGCCCGACAGCACCCUGGGGGGGGCUGCACCCCCAAACCGGGAGCUCCCGCGGCCACCGCCGUGCUCACUUUUGAUUGCCUUCCUCCACUCCCUAGCUUCACCGGAGUGAUUAUCUCGCUCUCGGGGAGCCCUGGGCGCGCUGUUGCCGUGGCCAGUGUCCGGGGAGAUGCGGGUGCGGGCGCAGCAGAGCCCGUCCCUCUCUGCCGGGUUUUCCGUAGCCGCGGGGCUGCUGUCCCAGCCGGCGUCUCCCGGGGACUCCUGACUCCAAUGCACAUUUCAAUGCACUGAAACAGCUCGUGACGUGUCCCCCCCGCCUCGAUCCCUCUGUCCUCCCCUACAACCUGUCUCCUGGCUCUGGCAGAGUCCUCGGGUGCCUUCUCAAAAUUGGGCACGUGCAAACUGUGGUUUUGUGUUGGGCCAACCCUUCACCCGAUGCCCGGCUGUCUCGCGAGGUGUUGUACAGCAUCAGUGGGAAACGGGAGCUUCCCUCCAGCUCCUGCUACCUCUCUGACACGCGGGGACCCCCUUGCACCCCCCUCGCGGGCGGUGGAGGACGGCAGCCUCCCCGGAGGAGGGAGCCUCCCAUUUUCCACUCUUGCGUGCAGCGUUCCGCCCCGCGCCCAUCCCCAGGCUCUGAGCAUCACCUUCUCUGGGUCUCCAACCCACGGCUGCGCUCGGGAAGGGGCAGGAAGGGAAGCCCGGGUAGUUGAAAGGCUUUUUUCCCCUUGGUCCUGCCCGGAGGUUACUCUAGAGUCUUCCCAGAGGGGUUUGUUCUCCGUGACGCGUGCUCGAGCCGCUCACCGUCGUUAAGAAACCGCUGGAGAAAGCCGGUCAGUGUCCUCCGCGUCCCUGCUGUGACGCUCGGCCAGCCCUCGGGGACAAGUCGCAGCCUCUCGCCACCUUUGUCACCAGCCCCGUGACCGGGAAGACUGUGGGGUGGGUUCUGUGGGUGCUGGAGGUGUGCGGGAAGCCCGGCUGGCUUUGGACCCCUUGCCGACCCCCCAGCCUUCAGCCCAGACCCCAACAACACUAAUUCCCCCGCACGGAGCCCGACACGGGGCCGGGAGGGUGACGGCCCCCCCUGCCUUGGGAUUCCCUGAUGGUUUUUAUUUUUCUAAACUGGGCUAACGCGUAACCUCUACUCCCUGGCAUCUCUAAUUUCAUACUCCAGAUCUCACAUCCUUUCCUAUCUGAUCAAAAGGAAAAUAAGACGGAGAAAAAAAAAAAAAAAAGGACUUGGGGAAAGUAAACAAAGAUAAAAAGAGGAAUGAGAAUUGUCUUGGCAUUAAGCUUACUUGAUAAGAAUUGUAGUAGACAAGUGUUCCUUGAAAUAUUUUUCCCUGUAAGAGCUGCCUUUUAUUAUGUGUUUAUAAAAAUGUUGUAAGGAGAGGUAGAUUUCAGAAAUGCCUUUUUAAUACUUUGUAAAGGUUUUUUACUCUCCCUGGUGCUAUUUUUUUAGGUUAAGGAUUUUGGAUGUCAAAAGUUUUGCGGGUUUUUAUACAAUCUUUUGAAAAUAAAAGAAGUGUAUCGUUUUUGAACACAUUUCAUACGAUUUUUUUUUUUUUUUGUAUCAGGAGUGCAAAAGCUCAAACUGCCGUGUCCAUGCAGUUUUACUGAUUUUGGUGUGGGAAGGAAAGGGGAUCUGUGUCAACGGUUUACCAUUUAUCACCAUCUAAUUAAAAGUCAGUAUUUCUGUAUGA